AUUUAUACUGACUAGAGUUAUUGUCCACAGUAGACGUGUAAAGUGUGAAGAGUGGCGUGAAGCUGUUGAAAUAGGUUAAACAACUUUCUAUUACGGAUUGCGUCAGUUGAACAGCCGAGCGCGAUGGCUCCCAACGUGUGUGUUUGUCUCGGUUUACUGCUCCUUGUAUGUACAGUGCUCGGUGACUUAAGAGUGAAACGACAAGAAGAUGAAAGUGACGGCGAUGAAGUGAAUCCGGAACAACUUUGCAAAGGGCGUCCCGCUGACGAGUACUUCCGGCUUUCUAUUGAUGAGUGCCGUGAAGUUGUCAGAUGCGACAAAGGUGGUGUAAAUACCCGCCUUGCUGCAGUGAAGUGUCCUAGUGGCCUCGCUUUUGACAUCGACAGACAAACAUGUGACUGGAGAACUCGUGUGAAGAACUGUGAUAAAUUGGAAAAACCAAGAAAAAUUAUGCCAAUCCUCAAGACAGACGAGCCUAUUUGUCCUGAAGGGAAGUUAGCAUGCGGUAGUGGUGAUUGCGUUGAUAAAGAACUAUUUUGCAAUGGGAAACCAGACUGCCAAGAUGAAUCUGAUGAAAAUGCUUGCACUGUCGACCUUGAUCCAAACAGAGCACCGAAGUGUGAUCCUAAUCAAUGUGUUCUUCCUGACUGCUUCUGUUCUGCUGACGGAACUCGCAUCCCUGGAGGACUCGAACCAACCCAAAUACCCCAGAUGAUUACGAUUACAUUCAAUGGAGCAGUGAAUGUUGACAACAUCGAUUUGUACGAACAAAUAUUCAACGGCAAUCGAUACAACCCUAAUGGUUGUCAAAUCCGUGGCACAUUCUUCGUUUCUCACAAAUAUUCAAACUAUGCCGCGAUUCAAGAGUUACAUCGAAAAGGUCACGAAAUUGCCGCUUUCUCGAUCACUCACAAAGAUGAUCCAGAAUACUGGUCAACUGGAACUUACGAUGAAUGGUUAGCUGAAAUGGCUGGAUCUCGUCUCAUUCUCGAACGUUUCGCUAAUAUUAGUGACGGAUCUAUCGUUGGCAUGCGCGCUCCGUACUUACGUGUCGGCGGUAACAAGCAAUUCGAAAUGAUGGCUGAUCAAUAUUUCGUGUACGAUGCAUCUAUUACAGCGUCACUUGGACGUGUCCCAAUUUGGCCAUACACUCUCCACUACAGAAUGCCACACAAGUGUAACGGAAAUGCUCACAAUUGUCCUUCAAGAAGUCACGCAGUAUGGGAAAUGGUUUUGAAUGAAUUGGACGGUCGUGAUGAUCCAACCUUUGACGAAUCCCUACCUGGUUGCCACGCAGUCGAUUCUUGUACCAACAUUCAAACUAGUGAUCAAUUUGCACGCUUUCUUCGUCAUAACUUCAACCGUCACUACACGACCAACCGUGCUCCUUUCGGUCUUCACUUCCACGCCUCAUGGCUCAAAUCGAAAAAAGAAUACAGAGACGAACUCAUUAAAUUUAUCGAUGAAAUACGUGAAAAGAAUGAUGUAUACUUCACUACUCUGAUCCAAGUAAUUCAAUGGAUGCAAAGCCCUACAGAGAUAACGUUGCUUAAGGAUUUCCAGGAAUGGAAGCAGGACAAAUGCGAUGUUAAAGGACAACCUUUUUGUACUUUCCCAAACACAUGUCCGUUAACAACUAGGGAACUUCCAGGAGAAACACUUCGUCUUUUCACUUGUAUGGAAUGUCCUAACAAUUACCCAUGGAUUUUAGAUCCAACGGGAGAAGGUUUCAGUGCGAAGAAAUGAUCUCUAUGUUUAAAUAUAGUAAUAAAAUGAAUUUGUAAAUAUUUCUCAAUAACAACUUUACUCAAUAUUAUAAUGAUAGGAUAAAAAACCAAAUCUAGACGAUUUUGUAUAUCAUUUACAUAUUACAUAAUCUCGUGAUAGAUUUACAAUUCAAAUGUUGCCAUUAUAUUUUAUUACAUUCUAUUGUAUAUUAUAAGAAUGUGAUUUAAGUUGUUAUAAUUUUGUGAACAAGUAUAAUAAAUUAAACAUUAAAUGAAUUUAUUUUGUUU